UCCAGGCUGAAGCCACAGCGAAGAGACCUCAGCCUCGCAAACUGAGGCCCUCAGCCGACGACAGUGCCAGUGAGAGCAGUGGCCGAUUCGAACGAGUCUGCGACACGGCGCAGUACAACGGUCAACACUAGCCACCCAAUAAGCUGCGAUUCUCGGGCAAGAUAAGCUCUCAGUCUCAAAACAGCUGUACCAUUAUUGCUGGUCUAGAUGUAUCAGCACAAAAUCGUUUCAAAAAGCUUCUUUUAAAUUAGCCUUCAAGUUUAGUUCCACUAAAUUGCUGCUUAUUUGAAGGCGCAAAAACCUUUCGUUUGUGCCUACCGAAUCCAUUUUUACACAAUACACAAAUAAUACACAAGGAUAAUCGUCGGAUCUAAUAGUGGUAUGAGGUACUUUGAAGGUUUGACAAUAUGAAGAUUGUAAACUGAUCGUUCAACUUCGUACCUUGGAUAUUCUGAAGACAUUAUUCUUGAAGGACAACACCAACUCAACAGCACUCAGGUACCUGUUUAUGAUGGGUCGGUAGGGCAAACGUGAACGAAUUGGCGAAUUUAAGCGGCCUGAGACCAGCCGGCGGUGACAAUGGCGGAGUGUUCUAUGCCCAAGUCUGCAGCGCUGCCGCUAGUACGCCUGAUUCUUUGUCGACGAUGACUCUUCCUACUUAAUAGCCACAGCUGGGUCAUCGCCGUGGAGCGACAGUACGCGCGCGUGUCCCUGAACCCAGCAGCAGCAACUGGUCCGCGUAUAGUCCCAGUUGAGGUCGUCGUAUUGAGGCAUCGGCGAUUAUUUAUCAGUGAUUACAAUGUCAUUAUUAUUAUUAUUAUUAUUACUGUAGUACAAUAACCGUCGGUAUUAUCCUUUUCUUGUUCCUACUGCUGUGAUUAUCUCAGUAGUAAUGGCGGUCAGCUAUUGCUGAUGGUGUCCACUCGGAGUUGUUGUUUAUCGGUUAUAAAUUUCAAAGCAAUACCGUGUCCGUCAUCGUGCAAAGAUAAACACAUGCUGCAGCAAGCAUUGAAUAUUAUACUUUUAGCUGGUAAUUGCUGGGAUCCGGUUUGUUGCUUGUAAAAGCAAUAUACAUUAAUACACAACAGUUAUUCAAAUGCUACUAUUGUAAUAUGUAAUCCAUUUUAACUAUGAACCUUUUUGUGGCCGUCAACUAAACUUUCGAUUGUUGUCGUUGUAGACAUUGACAGCCCUGCCAUGUAUACUUGUUCAAACUUGGACGAGGCGGAGAAGAAGGAUAUCAAGCGCUUUUUCUCGGAUGGACCCUUUGUGUCCUUUUGCGUCAAAGAGUUGCAUUAACGGUGGUUUACGAUUCGUGAAGUUACUUGUGUAGUCUAGGAGAAGAAAAAAGAAGAUCCCUUGGAAUAGUACGGGUGAUACUGUGAGAGUCUGAAAUCCCAGUGGUAAUUUCCUGAUCAUUAUAGUUCGGUCGUCAAGCCUAGUACGCGAAGCGCAAGUGAUUAUGGCGCCGGUGUAAAGAUUGGAGAGCACAGUAGUAACUGGUUAUGCGUUACUACUUUUGUAUAUAUUUAUCAUCGACCAGUGGAUAACUAGCAGUUUUAAUGACGACAAUUUCUACCUAUACGCUAUAUGUAAUACAUUGAAAUUUUACCUCAAAUUAUGAUAUAAUUCCUACAUGCAGAUUUGAAGUGCGGAUUUACGGGGUGGAGAACGUGUGCCUUUUAUAAAUCCGUUCGCUACCAAUCGUGCAAUAUUCAAUCUUGGUUUUGUGAGCGCUUUAAAAAUAAGCUUUUUGCUGAUCCAUGUACAAAUGCGGUAACAGUAAAAAUCUUCUGGUGCUGCAUGUGCAGGCAUAGAAACACCACUGCUGCUCUUGCAAGGGCUGUCAUUUGUGUGGCCCACUGUGCCGUCCAGUGGUACGCAGUUCACCUAUCUACUUAUUAUCGAUUCAUUAUUUUGACCACACGCGCGCGUUAGUAUCAGCACUUAGCCACUUUGCACGCACCUUGAUAAUGUAAAGCUUGCCACUCCCAUCAUAAAUCUUUUUUGGUUAGUUAGAAACGCACGUUUCUGGAGGUGGAACGACCCAGAUUAAAUGACAAUAAGAGAGGAAUAAUUAGGCAUAUAUGCCUCUGAUCAAGGUUGCUUUUGUGCUCACUUCGCGUGGUAGCUUAUUUGCUUGCUAAUAUUAAGGGCAUGUGUGGGUUCGAAUCCGGACAUAGCCACACGGCUCGUUUCGUGCUGAGGAGCCGUCCCAUGGAUGCUCAACGGCGAUGCCGGACGUAAUGUUCAAAUCGCACAGUUUGUAUGUUUAGAAUAUAUGAAUAUAUUUACAAGGACAUAUUUUCAAUAACAAUUUCUAUAUACUGCUCAGCGCAGAGAGUGACAUGUUACGGUAAGGUUAAAAUUUGAAGUUGCUACCGUACGCUUUUGCGGUCAGUCGAAAUUAUUAGACGCAGUUUAAUAUUUGCUUUCUCUAACAUGUCACAACUGUUACGCGAAUGAACAUAGAUAUCCUAACGUUUAAGACAGAUUUGCAAAUACACAUAGGCACGUGCUGUGCUUGUACGUUAGAACAAAGCACCAUCGCCGUUUAUUGUCUGUUGAUUUCUUUAAUGUCUCUGUCUUUGAAGAAAGUUUCACGGUAAUCGCGUGACCAAUGCACGCUCUAACUUUAAAAAGAGUUAACUGAGAAGUCAAUAUGAGGUGCCCUAAUUUAUUAUUGUCAGCACCAAUACAUUGCAUUAAAUAAAACAUCAUUUAAAAUAUUUCAAACAUUUUUUCGUACUCUAAUCGAUUGUACCAGAAUAAUGUAUGACAUUUUGAGACACACACUUUUAGCAUGUCUUAUCUACGAACAAGUCAGUAAUUAUCAGAUGAAUAAAUUAUUGUUUUCUAAAUAAGAACGAGUAUUUUUUUUCAAAAUUUUUAGGAUUAGGAUGCCACACUUUAUCAGCACUAGUUAAUUAAGCGUAUGAUACCGUAAGAGCAGCGUAAGAGCCUUUGAAUUAUUAGAGAGAGAAAGAGACGGAAACCUCCGCAUGCAGUCAUCUCUUGUGGGCUUACAUAACAAUGCUAUCUUUCAAGGACGAUGAACUUAAAAGCAAUAAUAGCAAUGAAGGCAUAUAGUAAUUGCAGUCCAAUUUUGACUCUUUAGGUCGCACCCGCAGUGCUUUGAUUUCUCCUGAUUUUGCCCCCGGCUGAAUCCCGCGUAUGGAUUACUCUCUGUUCAAUCCAGUGCUGAAAUGGUGGCCUGCUGCUGCAUAAUGACGUGUCUUUUCAAGUCGCUGGAGAAGAUGAGCGAAGGCAAACGACGGGUCUUCUUUUAUGCCUCGUUCAUUGUUGGGGGAACGUUAACCAUUGGUGGUUUCGCAGGCUUUGCUACUCAACACAGGGGCUACGCCUUCAUUGUCGUCGUAUCAGGUAUCUUCAUCUUGAUAACUACCGGUAUCCUUUGGGAUAGCUUGAUUCCACACUGUGAUCCGAGCCCAAGAGCCCCAACCGAGACGCCCACAGCUCCCCGAGAAGAAGACGACCCGCCGCCUGACUACGAAACGGUAGUCAGGGGGGAUUCGACAAAAUACUCGUCUGUUUCCCGCACAAAUUCUAAGUAUACACUGCUUCGAAGUGUGGAGACUGUGGAGAAUACCGCAUCUAAAAGAGAACACGUGAGGUGGUCUUUGUACAAUCAAAACUGGUGUCCAAGCUUCAAUCCAAAAUCUGGAUAUGGUAAAACCGCUACCUCGGAACCAUCAUGCACAGAAAUCGUAGUGUCCGAUCGACCACCAGCUUACGGACAAUCUCAGUCACAAAAGCGGCAUUGUGUACAGAACUUGCCGGCAUCUGCUAACGAAAUAACUUCAGUCACAGAGGCAACGCCAUGUACAACCAACGAGGUCACCGACGGACCAUCACAUCCAAUCACUGCCUGUGUACAAAUCACUCGCGAGACCAAACUGGAAUGUUUCCAGAACUAACCGACUGGGGAAAACAGCUGGGGAAAGGGGUUUUUCAGGUAUUUGCUUUGUACCUUCGAGGUAGUCACGCCUCAUCUAGCAGUGGGCGGUAUGUUAAGGAGUUUCAGAGCGCCAAAGCGAAGUCUUAGCAUGUGUGAGAAAUACUUAAGGAGAAUUCACAGGAGGUGCCAUCUUAUUGAUGACUGGGUCACGACUGAGUGUCUCAAGUAUAACGAGCAGGCUGACGGUAUAACGACCAGUAGAAGCCAUGGAUGAUGUGUGUGUUUGGCCGGAAUAUAAGUUAGCGAGGUUAAUCGAUGGUCUAACGAAUCAGUGAAGUCAGAGAAAUUUCGAUAUCAGAGCAUCAAUGAAGGAGUCCGCGAAAUUUGUUCGUUAGAACCAGACGUGAUUAAUUUUUAUACUCGCUAGAUGAUUAUAAAUAUUGCUGCGUUUUGUGUACUGUAAUCUAUUUUGGUAACGUACUUUGCUGUUCUUAUUAAAUGUCCGAUAAUUGUCACUAUAUAUACUAACUAGAAAUUAAGACUGCACUAGUCAGUUUGGGGCGAUACAGGCGCAGUAAGCUGAAGUAUAAUCUAGAGCCCGUAAACGCGUAUUUACGUACUAUAUGAAUGUCAAGACUGUAAGAUGUCGGACAUGUUUUAAAGUUAGGAAUCGAACCGGCAGUAGGCAAGUAGGCAAUCGAACCGAGAAGUCGAACGAGAAUUGUUCGUCACUGUCGAGUUAUAAUUAGCGUACGUUUUCGUGCUCGCUUACAUCAUUCGAGGGCUAUACAACCGUUCCUGUAUCGCCGGUAUGUGGUAAAAUAAGAUGUUGAAGAGGACGAGCUAUAGCAUUGUUACCUAUACGACACAGACGAUAAAAUAUUGGAAGUUUUAAACUUAGCCAUAGAUAAAUGUAUGUUACGAAUGAUUGUCUUAAUAAAUUAACUUACAAUAUUAUGUGAUUGUUCACCAGAUAUUGCUAUCAAUGGAAACGUUGAGCUUUCUGUGCAAAGGCAACCUUUACGGCGGCAAGAUUAGCCGUUGGUUAGAACAUCAAAUGCCAGUUGUAAUAUAACUAGUUGUCCUUCGACGUGUACCCAUAUACGUAUACUUAUAAAUGUAUAUACGUAUUUGUAUAUCUAUGUUACUAUUUGCGAAUGCGAAAGAACUUUAUGCAACUAUCCAUAAAGAGGAACAGAUGUUGUCUCGUAAAAUGUACGAUAAGUUUACCUGCCGAUAUUAAGGGCGACUCAAACAUGGAAGCUACGGUUUUAUUUGAAGUUAUCAACUUGCUUGAGUUGUGCUGUAUCAAACGUUUUCUGCUUAUUCAGUCGAAUACAUUUCAUUAGGAAAGCACAGGUAAGAGAAGUUCCCGCACUGACACAAUGGCCAAGCAAAAACGACAACCAGAAGGGCCUUCUAUAGGGACUGAGUAACAUUUGUAUAUAGCAGAGUAAGGAUUCAAUUAAUAAUAAUAAUAAUUUGCUUAACCGCUAAAUCGUAGUGACGAUAAAAGGAUAAAAAAUGAUUUUCGGCUUAGUGUUGCUUUCUGGUUUCGACGACCAUCUUAUUGGCUGGACUGCCAAAAAGAAAACAGACGGUCAACAAAAAUUCAAAUUGAAUAUUUUCUCACCCACAGGUGUGCGCAAAGACUUUCCGAAUACACUCAUUUGUGGAAAGUACAUCCAUAAGAUCACAGAUGGCAAGUUGAGAUUUGCCUGCUUUUCACCAGUGAGAUGAUGUUUAGACAGUCAAGCACCUCAUAGGCACGCAGACAUUUACAGGAUACCAAAUGUAGAUGUAACAACCCUUCGUACCUACACACACUGGCACCAUCCAAAGAUGAGCUUCAACAUUCAACAAGGAGAUACGUUUCGGCACACACCGAUUGUCAUCUGCUCAUCUACCUCGUGCUAAUAUUUAGCGUUCGAAUAGAUAUCUAUAUAUAUAUAUAUAUAUAUAUAUAUAUAUAUAUAUAUAUAUUAUUAUUGGACUUGUGUAAAUUAUAUUUAGAGUUGUCUUUUCCUAGGAUCUCAGAGAUGUAAUAUCGUGAAGAGGAUAUUAAAUCUAUUUAUAAGGAUGAUAAAAAUGACGAUGAGAGCGAUGUUUGAGUGGCAAUGCCUGCAACUGUUUCCGAUCUCAAAAGGAGCUAAGCAUGUAAAAUACCUAAGUAUGCCAUGUUCUAAUUUGCAUUGUCUACGCAAACAAAUUAACGCAAUGUACAAGCCUUUUUGGGCAGUGUAUGGUACCUAAUCCGUUAAGUGUUGUCAUUUAUGUAAAUCGCCUCAUAUCAGUACCGUCGUUGCAGUACUACGCGGGGUCUUUAUUAUCCUAAAAAAAAGCCCAGACUAAACAACCGAACAGGAACUCGAGAAGUAUUAAUUGUAUUGGGGUUUGCCAGAAAAAUUAUCUCAUUUCCAGAUAGCGUUCUAUUGGGCACUUUUACUGCGUCAGUGAGCAGACAUGUUAUAUUUCUAAAUAGAGUAAUUUCAUUCUCGAAAUUGUUUCAGCACACAUGCCUGGUUAUUUUCUUCGAGCAACUGCCAGCUGUCUUCCAAAACUCUGUGACUAAUUCGAUUCCUACUGAUAAAAAGGAAGACCCCCUUUUACUAUGACAGCCCAACGUCUUCUUGUGUAAGCGCAUGGAAAUAUUUAGGAGCUAAAAAUAUAAUUUGGAAUAGUGAACGUACCUGUGCAAUUGCAUAGAAUGUUUGCCUUACAAGAAGCCGUGCGACAAUACUGCAAUAAGCACUGUAAUCCUCCAAUAUCAAACCUGCCUUAAUUUUCUGAUAGUUAGCUUAUUGGUUUAUAUAGUUUGUUGUGGAUGCUCGCAUGGGAUUACAGCAACAUAAACACAACAAAGCAAUUAUGGUCCAUCAUUUUUAUGAAAAAGUAAUGGAAUAUAUAGUGCAGGUCUCCUGCAGGGAAAACUUUUCCGCGAUACUUAUAUAUGGUGAAAAUGGCACUUAUAGCUUUUGUGUACGUGUAAUGGCUGUUACCAUUAGCUUUAAAGCAAACGACAAGUAAAACAAAGGAUUGUAAAAUUAACACAGAAAAUAAAGUG